AUGUCAACUGACUUAGAACCAUGUGACAGCGACGACCAAUCAGAACCAGAGAUAGACUAUGAGGAGGAACUACUCUCUAGAAUACUAUACUAUGGCCAGUACGAAAAUUCAGAGGCAGCCGUUCCACCAGCUAAGACAAUUUCUGUUCCACCUUCUUCGUCUACGCCUCUAGCCUCAUCCACUAUGAUAGAAGAUUGUUCAGAAUCCAUCCUUAGAAACAACAGAAGUCGUAAAAACCGGUCUACACCGCUUGCCUCAUCUACCAUGAUGGAAGAUCUUAUAGCAGAUAUACAACAACAUAACCAGGAGACAACUAGUUCCGGAAGUAUCAUGACAUGGUCUAUUGAUAACAGCACAAAUACUGCAUCACUCAAAGAGCACUACCAUAGAUAUUUUAAUGUCGACAGCAACAAUUCCUACUCAGAUUCAGACACCACUGGUAUGUCAGCUAGGUUAUCAAGCACAUUUAACUCUGAUGACAGCUUUUCCAGUGACGAUGACUCAGAAGUGACGUCAUCGGAAUUCUGGAACAGAAAUCGCCAUUUGCCUCGUACCAGAUUGACAAAUACAUCUGGAAUAUAA